CACUCGCUGCCCGUCAUCAUGGUGCGGAAACACAGGGGCACUCUGGCCGUCAUUGAGCAGAUCUAUCAGGACAUACCCGCUUUCACCGAUAUCUUUACGGAGGAGAGCUUCUACACGUUUGCCUUCUGUUUUGUCUGUGCCACCGUUCUGGUGGCAUUUAUACUAUCGCGCUUUAUCACCAUCAAGCCCGUUGAUUUCUGAACCAGCAUUAAAAACUUAAGCUUUAACAUGUAAAACACUCCACUCCAUUGUCUUUUCUCUGCACGACUGCCCCAAAAGGGCAGAGGCGAUGGGGCCCGGCGAUUCGGCUACUCGGCUGUGCCUGUGGCCUGCUAAAAAACCAGUUUGGGGCACAGCAUUUUAUACGCUUCCAACGGGUAUUGGGAGUUUGUCAGCAAAUGUGUGACGCAUUGAAGGCGACAGGCCAUAAAUUAUAUAAAUUAUACAUCUCACUGACAUACUGUCUUUAUGUUUCUUAGUUUAUGUUCUGGUUUCAUCU